AUGGUAGUGAGGCACGAUCCCUAUCUGUUUCCAUCAAACAUUCAUGUGGCUAGUUCUGUCACUAUCAAGUUGAGCAACACAAACAACCUCUUGUGGAAGACUCAGUUUGAAUCUCUUCUUCAUUCUCAGAAGCUGCUUGGUUUUGUCAAUGGUCAGAUUCUUGCACCUGCAGCUACUCGUUUUACUACUAUCAACAAUGUCCAGGUCACAAGUUCUAACGCUGAAUAUGAAGCACGCUCUGUCAACGUCUUCAGAGAUAAGAGUUUUUCGGUGUAUUGUCGUGAGUUUCGUGUUGUUUGUGAUAACUUUAGUUUGAUUGGGAAGCAUGUGAAUGAAUCGAUGAAAGUUGUUCUGUUUUUGAAUGGUCUGGCUCGAGAAUAUGAUCCCAUAGCUACUGUUAUCCAAAGUUCACUGUCUCGUUUGCCAUCUCCUACCUUCAAUGAUGUGGUUAUCAAGGACGUGAUUCUAAUGGUCGUGGUAGAGGUGGCAAAGGCAACUACUCCACUCGAGGCAGAGGAUUCUCUCAACAAGUUAACAACUCAAGUUGGAACUCAUCUCAGUCUUGAGGAUCAUCCAAUGCUCAGUGACGAUGUUCCCCAGGCUCUUGCUGCUCUUCAGGUGUCAGAUGGUGGUCGUGAAUGGGUUACAGACUCUGAAAUAGUGAUGGUCGCUGAUGGUACUCACUUACCUAUCAAUCACAUUGGAUCGACAGUCCUCAUGACUAAUGCAGGUAGUCUUCCUCUUCUAGAUGUGCUUGUCUGUCCAUCGAUGCAGCAGUCGUUAGUUUCAGUAUCUAAAGUUUGUGAUGACUAUCCUUGUGGUGUGUUUUUUGAUGUUAAUGUCGUGUAUGUGAUUGACCUACGCACUCAAAAAGUGGUGACCAAAGGACCUCAUCAUAAGACCCUUUAUAUGUUGGAGAACCAAGAGUUUGUAGCUAGUUUUUCAAAUUGGCAGUGUGCGGCUAGUGACAUGGUUUGGCACCAACGUCUUGUACAUGCAAACUUCCAAGUUCUUCAACUUCUCAAGAACAGAAAGGCUAUAUCUAUCAAUUAG